AUGGAGAGAUCGCGACGAUUUAUGAAGAUCGCGUCAUGCCAUUCGUUACGUGGAUGCGAAACUGAAAGUGACUCUGUUGUUAGUAGCGUGGGAACUAGGUCUAAGUCUUUGGAGUCGUGUCCGCGAACGCAUAAACAUAGCUUGGAACUGUGUCCAUCUCCUAGUUUUCAAACAUUAUGUGGAGAUGUCAAAAACGGUGAUCCCAAGGACAUAUUGGGAGAUACUACUGAUCGACAAUCCACAACGAGUGAUUCUAUCAUAUCUGUAAAGUCUGUGAGGGCAUUAUGUUCUGUGCAGCAUCACGAUGAGAAACAAUGUGUGGUAUCGUCGUGUCCCACAAUAAAUGUCCAUCGAUGUUGUCGGGACUUUGCCCGGAAGUGGAGCAGCGUGGGGAUACCCUCAGCUCUCAGCUUCGAUUACACCACAGAUAACAGCUCUGAUGACAGCACAUAUGACUCAGGUGAGAUGAGUAAGAGCAAAACUUCUGAUGAAAAAUUUUCUCGCGUUGACUUCUCAAGCGUUUUUCGCGAGCGCUCCAAAACCUGGUCAGGUCAAGAUAUCCGACCUUACAAAUCUAAAUCUCUUUAUUCUACACGUUCCUAUGGCGAUGAAAGUGUCCUUGUCUUCUACCUGGAUAACCCUCGUGAUAAAAUAGAACAUUUUCUAUCUGAGUAUCGCAAGACAAUUGCUCAACCAUGCAUCUGCCGUCCAUCAGACCCACCCAGCGUUGUGUGCUCCAAUUUGGUUGCUGUUUAAUAACACAUAUGACUCUGCGGAACUGGAGGUACGCAUGCAAGGUCCAUUCGCU